UACAACAUGCUUCACUUUUGAGCAGUCAGGUAGUGCUGCUGUAGGGGAAGAGUUUCGUAAAAAUGGACGCUUUUCAGAGUCACAACUAGAUGAGAUGUCAUUACGAGAGAAAGGUGAUCCUCUUAAUACAAAGAAACUAGUAGCACUACUGAAGCAUCUUUAUAUUGUAGCUGGUCCAAUGAAAACUAAAGAUGGUCGAAAAACUGUCAAAUAUUACUUUAUGCCUUGUGCUUUAAAACCGGUAGAUGUAGAAAGAGAGGAGAGAGAUGGGUCAGUUAGUCUAGCUCCUUUAUUGAUAUGUUUUGAGUGUGGGUAUACUCCUGUUGGUGUAUUCUGUUGCCUAUUAGCAUAUCUUCUUGAUCAGAAGACAGAUCAAGUAUUAGAAUGGAAGUUAACUGGUAAUGAUCAAUAUCGUAACAGGAUUACCUUUCAAGUUGGUCAAUACUAUGAUACUGUUACCUUAAUCAGUCGUGCUACUUAUCUUGAAGUUUGGAUUCAACAGAUAAAAGGCUUAGAGCUGUCAAUAAGCCUCAAUGAUCUUUGUAAUCAGAUAUUAUCAUCAUUACACAAAGGACUAGUCACAGUCACAGAAUCACUCCAUUACACUUAUAAGUCAAGGCAUAUGUUUGGAGUACCAUGUACAUGCACUGGAGUACCUCAUCCUGCUGUAAUAGAGUAUCUUUCCGAUGUAGCUAAGUGUACUAAUGGUAAUAUAAUGCAACUUGAUGAGAAACAUUUAUACUGGUCUAAAAAGGUUGUUGAUCUGAAUAUGGUACAAAAGAUAUGCAGCAAAGCAUCUCAAACUGAACAUGGCAUUCCUAAUAUCUCUUCAUCCAGUAGCAAAGCUGCAGAAAAUAUGGAAGACAGCAAACAAGAUUUUAGUGGAAGCUCCAUGGAAAAAAUUAAAGAAUGCUAUGCAGAUACCAUACAAGAUGAUUUAUUGAAUCAAAGAGAAGGAAGAACUGAAGAGACAAGAUUCAAGAAUGAAGGUCCUAAGGAGAAAGAGAAUCAAGAAGUACUUCUUAAAUCCAGACUAGAAGCAGCUCAAGAAAAUCUGUCUGCCAGUAAGAGGUUUAAAAUAGAGUAUGGAGACUCUCAUGAUUACAUCAAAAGCACUUUUAGUGAAGGGCAAUCCUCUGACGAGACUAUAUGUAGGAAAAGAAAACUAAAUGAAGAUGAAGAUGAUUUAUUGACUAUAAAGAGGUUUAAAUUAUCUGAUAUUAUUGACGCUACAGAAACAGAAACAACUACUGAACAGAAAAGCUCAUCAUCUCAUAGUGCAAUGAUACUGGAGCCAGUUGAAGAUGACUGGUAUCACAUUGGACAGUGUCUUGAACUAAAGGAAUCAGUAUUAACUAAAAUCAAAGAGAUGACACGAGUUGAUUCAAGAUUAACUCAUGUACUUGAGACCUGGUGUCAUGAGAAGGAUAGAACAAUUACUGAACUGAAGGACUCAUUGAAAAGAAUGGAUAGAGAUGAUAUACUGGAAGUGAAAAAUUCAAAAGAAGUUCAGACUCAAAUUGAAACUGAAAAUAAAGAAAAGCAAACAACACAAAUAACUCUUGACAAAGAAAUUCAGUUUAACUAUCUUGUACCAUCACAAG